GAGGCAUCGUGGUUCGUCGUAUGGCGGCUCCUGACAGCUGAGCUACUCCCCAACCACACUCAUUAGCUUGGUUAGUGUAACGAUUUCUCUAGAGUAAAAACAUGUCCAGCAAGCUUUUGUUUAGCCAUUGAACAUGUUGUCGUCCCUCGCCUGUUCCUGCGUGAGAAACGGGAGAAGAAUAUCUUUUUUGAGGUUAGCUAUCUUUCCAGCCAUAGCACCUACUUCUUCGGGGGGUCCAGACUUUUCCCAGCACCGGCUACUGCCACCUGCCUCUUUACGGCCCCCGGCCGGACCCGGGGCCAGGUUUGUGUGUCUGUCGGCCUCAAACAGAGAAGAUGAGAAGCCACCGGACGCGGACGCAGGUCGGGAGAACUUCGGCUCCAUGUCGGCGGACAUAGCCUCCAGGAGGUCGUUCCGGAAGAGCAGCCCCGGGAUGCGAGACCUGCCCUUCCAGCAAGAUGUGCCCGUGGAGGAGAGGGACCAGAGCAGGCCUUACAGAAGACCCGCCAUCAGAAACACUCCCUACUGGUACUUCCUACAGUGCAAGAAGCUGAUAAAGGAGAAAAAGCUGCAGGAGGCGCUGGAUUUGUUUAACAGAGACAUGCUGCAGGGGGAGAGGCUGCAGCCCGAGGAGUACAACUACUCGGUCCUCAUUGGAGGCUGUGGCCGAGCUGGACAACUUAAAAUGGCCUUCAGACUCUACAAUGACAUGAAGAAGCGAGGCCUGGACGCUUCGGACGCCACCUACACGGCGCUGUUCAACGCCUGUGCCGAGUGCUCCUCCAAAGCCGCCGGCCUCCAGCAGGCGCUCAAGCUGGAGCAAGAGCUGCGCCGCAAAAACCACCCCCUGAGCACCAUCACGUACCACGCGCUGCUCAAGACGCACGCCGUCACCAACCAGCUUCAAGCCUGCGUCCACACGCUCCGGGAGAUGCUGGCGAAAGGACAUGCUGUGACUCAGGAGACGUUUCACUAUCUGCUGAUGGGCUGCCUGAGGGACAAAGAAACAGGGUUCAGGCUGGCCUUACAGGUAAUCGACGCGUUCUUCGGUCAGUUUGAGGUGUGGCGCCAGAUGUUGCAGUCGGGGAUUCUUCCAGACGCUAAGAAUUACAACCUGCUCCUGAGAGUUGCCAGGGAUUGUGAUAUCGGUGAUCUUGCCGCGGCCACCCGCAUUCUGCUGGAGACUGACCACAAGCGGCAAAGAGAUGAGGAGGAUGUUUCAGAGGGCGGCCGCAGGAGUCUCAGAGACAUUGACCUUCUGGAGCAGCAGUUGUUCGUCCAGCGUGAUGCACACGCCGUCGGUCAGCAGGAGGGCAGACACAGACAGGAGGUCUCCAGCCGUCUCACACCAGUCCCACAAACCGAAAUCUCCUCACUGCCUGCUCCGUUAGCAUCCGAUUCAGUAGCACCGAACCUACUGGACCUGUUUGAGGGGAAAAGAGGGGCCGUGGUCUCACUCAGCGCUCCGGACGGACCGGCCGGCCGGCUGGCCCUCAUUGGUGGAGCGAGUGGUUUCCUGGAGAAGAUGGCAGCACGCGGACUCAUUCCGGACCUCAGGACUCUGUCUCUGCUGGCCGACACCAUGGAGCCGGGCUCCCAGUCUCUGCAGCUGCUGUUAAAGGUUGCCAAACAGCAUCAGGUUAAGCUUGAUGUCGGGUUUUUUAACUCCGCGAUUCACAGAGCAGCCAGAGCUGGAAACCUGGAGGAUGCAAAGGCUGUGCUGCGCGUGAUGCGACAGCGCCACGUGAGCCUGAACGUGCAGACGUUCGGAUGUCUGGCCUUGGCCUGCGACAGGAAAACGGAUGGCCUUCAGCUCCUGAAAGACAUACAGGAAGCAGGACUGAGGCCCAAUGUUCAUGUGUUCUCUGGUCUGAUUGGCCAAGCCACUCGGAGGCUGGAUUAUGUCUACCUGAAAACGAUCCUGAAAACCAUGCGUGAAAUGGAAGUGUGGCCGAAUGAGGUCAUCAUCAAACAGCUGGAGUUUGCCGCACAGUAUCCUCCAAACUACAACCAGUACAAGUCCAGAAACAACUAUCUGGUUCAAAUAGAUGGUUUUCGAGGUUACUACCAGCAGUGGCUGAAGGAGUUGCCAGCUCAAAGUCGUGAGGACCAGCAGCAGCAGUCUGAGCUGGAUGGAAAAGCCGCAGAAAGCAGAGUAGCAGAUGGGCUGACAGAGGCUCAGAGGAAGCAGAGAGCCGCCGCCAGGAGAUAUCAUUCUCACCACGGAGAGAAGAGGACCCACAGCGCGUAAGCUCCGCUACAACACUCAGCCAUGUCGACCUCUGGAUUUACUUAGGCCAAAGAGCUGACUGUUCAUUUUCUUUGAAAUAUUAAUUCCAUUAAAAAUGAAAAAGGAACAAAAUAAUUCAAAGAAUUGAUGCUUUACAUUUGAUUUUACUGGGAAGGCUUCAGACUUAUCUGACACCCCCUUAAAUUGUGAUUCGUUCUGUCUUCCUAAUAUCUGUC